AUGUAUCUAUGUAUUUUCGUAUUUCCCGACGUUCUAAUUGUCGUUUAUAAUGUACUGCAUCCGUCCGUCCUCAAUCAUUCACAUAGUUCAGAUAAUCCUCCUUGCCCUAUCCCUCUUCUUCCGUGCCUUCUAUCGUGGACAGGUUUAAAGUCUGGCAUUCAGGACUCAAGUGAUAGUGAUGAGCUUCCGGUUGACAAACACGAAUCAACGGAACAGAAACGCUCGAAGCAGUCUCACCUGUUGCAACAGGAAGAGCUCAGACGUGAGGAACUAGCUUCCGAAAUGCUAGGUAUGGCUCGUGAACUGAAGGAUCGGUCCGAAGCGAUGAGCUCGCGACUACAAUCAGAUCGAGCAGUUGUCGAGGCCAGUGUCAGUCAGGCAGACCGAAACAAGGCCGAAUUGGUCAAAGCAAUGCAUCAACUCUCGGAAGAACUCGGAUCGCGUUGUGCCUGUUUCGUUUGGAUUGCAUUUCUCAUCGCUGUGAUUGUGUUCGUGAUGAUGGUUUUCUUUAUGAAAAUGUUUCGCAAACGAACGGUUGUCUACACCACGACUUACCGAAGUGAUCUGUAA